UCGCUCAGAUUUUGAUAUGCAUGUGGCCACACCAAUGGAGGGGGGGAGGGGAAGCUUAAGAAAUUAUUCAUCAUCUAGUGUACCACAUUUUCUGUAAUUAUUCACAACACAGGUUGUAUAUCUACCCCUUAUUGAAUACUCACUGUGUCCUAGGCACUGGGCUAAGAAUUUUACACGCAAGGGGCGCCCAGGUGGCUCAGUCGGUUGAGCAUCUGAGCCGACUUCGGCUCAGGUCACGAUCUCACGGUUUGUGAGUUCGAGCCCUGCGUGGGGCUCUGUGCUGACAGCUCAGAGCCUGGAGCCUGCUUCGGAUUCUGUGUCUCCCUCUCUCUGCCCCACCCCCCACACACGUUCUCUGUCUCUGUCUCCCAAAAAUAAAUAAAUGUUCAAAAAAAAAUUUUUUUUUAAAGAAUUUUACACACAAAAUAAUUCUUAUGUUCAGACGUUUAGGUUGUUGCCAGCUCUUUUUUCUAGUAUAAAUGUGCUUAGAUGACUAUCUUAGCAUAUAACUUUUUGCCUGAUUUAUGACAUCCCGUGUGGAGUGGAUUUCUCAGAGCACAGUUACUGGGCAUGGAAUUUAAAAAAAACACGCUUGGAACAUGCUUCGUGCAGGUUUGCUUUAGAGCCAGCUUCUACUCCCACACAAAGGAGGAACGUGCCUGUGCCUACUUCUUCCUAAAGACUCUGAAAAAUCAGUCCUUUGUCAAAGUAGAGGCAUCAGCCAGCUGCCUAACCAGAAGUGCAGAGAGCUAAAAGGACUAUCUAGUUUAUUCUAGAGACUUAGAAGAAAGGACGUCGGGUCUUCUCCUGGGUGUCCAUCCGAUGCGAAGUUGGAAAGGAAAAACUCUGCCUUUAUUCCCACGGAGUCGGGACGUUUUCAGGAGGGUUCUGGAGGCCAUCCUGGUGUAUGGCAGCUUUUAUCUUUGCUCCUGCUUCUCUUCCACUGUUAACCUCCUUAGCAUUCCACUCUCGAGUUUAGCGGUCUCUCGGAAGGAGGUGGGAGGGGGUCUUCUCCUGAGGGUCAGGGCCACGCGUGGGCUCUGAGCGGGAGGAGAGCCGUUCCCUGGGGAUUCCACUGCUGAGCCCUCCCCACCGGGUCUCUCUGCCUGGCUCCGUGUGGCAUGUCCGCAGGCUUGGGUGGGGUGUCGCCUUUUAAAAACGGCGCCGAUGCGGACAAAUGGGAGAAUAUAUAUUUGGAAACAAGCCUGUGUAUACAGAGAAGUCAGGGGGGCCCGCCGGCCUUGGGUUUUCCCGUGAAAAUCAAGUUUUCUUCCUCCAGACCAGGUUGAAAGGCAUGGGCUCGGUUCCGCGCAAGCCAGCAGGUGACAUCUCUCUGGGCUUCUUGUGUGCUCACUGGAUGCCGCUGCCACUGCUGGAAAGACCGAACGGGGGGCCCAGCAAAGAGCGAGCAUGCUUGUUGUCGUGGCAACCCUGGCCUAGUCCUCAGACAGCGUCCCCGUGGGGCUUCUCAGGCAUCGGCAAGAACGUCAUCUGCGACCGCACGGCCACGCCGCUGGACGCCUUCCGCAUGAUGUCGGCCGCCCACUACUACCCCAAGCUCAUGAGCAUCAUGGGCAACGUGCUGCGCUUCCUGCCGGCCUUCGUGCGCAUGAAGCAGCUCAUUGAGGAGGGCUACGUGGGGGAGCUGCUGGUGUGUGAGGUGCAGGUGCACGGCGGCAGCCUGCUGGGCAAGAAAUACAACUGGAGCUGCGACGACCUGAUGGGCGGGGGCGGCCUGCACUCGGUGGGCACCUACAUCAUCGACCUGCUCACCUUCCUGACCGGCCAGAAGGCCGUCAAGGUCCACGGGCUGCUCAAGACCUUCGUCAAGCAGACGGACCACAUCAAGGGCAUCCGCCAGAUCACCAGCGACGACUUCUGCACCUUCCAGAUGGUGCUGGAGGGCGGCGUGUGCUGCACCGUCACCCUCAACUUCAACGUGCCGGGCGAGUUCAAGCAGGACGUGACCGUGGUGGGCUCGGCCGGGCGCCUCCUGGCGGUGGGCACGGACCUGUACGGGCAGCGCAACAGCGCCCCCGAGCAGGAGCUGCUGCUACAGGACGCCACGCCCGUCAGCAACUCCCUGCUGCCCGAGAAGGCCUUCAGCGACAUCCCCGCGCCCUACCUGCGCGGCACCAUCAAGAUGAUGCAGGCCGUGCGCCAGGCCUUCCAGGACCAGGACGACCGGCGCACGUGGGACGGGCGGCCGCUCACCAUGGCCGCCACCUUCGACGACUGCCUGUACGCCCUGUGCGUGGUGGACACCAUCAAGAGGUCCAGCCAGACGGGCGAGUGGCAGAACAUUGCCAUUAUGACGGAGGAGCCCGAGCUGAGCCCCGCCUACCUGAUCAGCGAGGCCAUGCGCCGGAGCAGGAUGUCCCUGUACUGUUAGCACGGACUGGGGGACCCAGGGGGACUCAGGUCUUCAGCAUGGAGCCCGGAGAGGGGGAGGGCGUGCUGGGGCAGAGGUGGCCGCGAGGAGUGCGGGGGCGGGAAGGCGGAGGGGCAGGGUGAGUUAAGCGGCGCCUGGGAAGGUGAACCCCCAGCCUGGGUGAGGGGCACCUAAUAAGACUGUCGCUGGCCGAGCCAACAGCCCGGGAGUGUUCAGGGGGCCUGUUCUUCCCGAGAUCACCCCUGCGGGGCGUUUGCAUGAGGAGGAGGUGGCUUAGCCUCUGUGGCCCCCUUACCAUGAGAAGCAAAGAGGGGGUGCUUUCCUCCUCCCUCAGCCCUCCCCUACCCAUUGGCCAACUUGGCAAGCCAAAUGCUCCUGCGACCCAGGGGCCAGCUCGGUGGGUGCCGGCUUCCCGGCCACCUGCCUCUCGCGGGAGAAGGCAAGUGCUUCACCCGUCCGCAGAAGCCUGUUAGUCUGGGGGGAGGCGGGGGUGCAGUGGGCCAAUGAGAAAGCUCAAGUUCCGGAAGGCCACUUAAAAUAUCUGUAGGAAAGACUA